AUGCUGAAAGCUUCGCCUACGCACACAUGGAUGCCGGCGUGGGUGCCAGAGUCCACCACGACACUCGCGGUUCUCCUUAUGCUCUGUGCCAUGGUCCAAUCUACGACCGGCGGCUAUGAUGGAUCGAUGCUCAACGGACUCAAUAUUCUACCUUCCUAUACCGAUUAUUUCAAUCUGAAUCCUGCAACCACGGGUCUCAACACAGCAUCAGUCUUUAUCGGAGGCUUCCUUGGUCCCCUGAUAAGUGGCGUCGUCACGGACAGGAUCGGCCGUCGCCUGACUAUAUUUUGGGGCUCUGUGCUCACUCUUGUUGGUGUCGUGCUCCAAACUGCCGCGCAGAAUAUUGCAAUGUUUGUGAUCGCACGAAUCAUCCUCGGGUUUGGUUCGGCUGUAUCUGGCAUCGCAUCUGGAGUCUAUCUCGCAGAAACAUUUCCCAGUCGCUGGCGAGCCUGGGGCGUUGGUCUCCUGAAUGACUUUUACUAUGUCGGCGCCCUCAUUGCCGCUGGUAUCACUCUCGGAACAGGGGAAUGGCAAUCAACCUGGGCAUGGCGCGCUCCUUCUCUCUUCCAGGGCAUUUUCUCACUGCUUUGCAUAGUUGUGAUACCAUUUAUCCCUGAAUCUCCACGAUGGCUCGUUCAUGAAGGAUAUUACGACUCCGCGCGAAUAGUUGUCGCUCAAACAAACGCUAACGGCGAUCUGAACGACCCAGUCUCGCUGAUCGUGUACAAGGAAAUCGUCGAUACGCUCGAAUGGGAGAAGAAGGAAGGUCGAACUAUGAGUCCCAAAGAAAUUGUCAAGACCCCUUCGGCAAGAAAACGCCUUCUCAUCGGCUCGUCUGCCGGGCCCUUCUCUUGCAUCGCCGGGAACAUCAUUGCAUCGUACUAUCUGGGAGAUGAGUUGGACACCGCGGGAAUCACUAGCUCGAUACAGCAACUGAAAGCGAAUGUAGUCCUGAACGUGUGGUGUCUUUUCUGCGCCAUUCUUGGGACGCACUUGGCCGCUAAAUGGGGCCGAAAACCCACCGCGCUGCUCUCCCAAGGUCUCCUGAUCGCAUGCCUGUUCAUUAUCGGAGGCUUGUCAAAAAUAUACGGAGACGACCCCGACGGGGCGUCAAAGGGUCUGAUCUACGGCGACGUGGCCGUGAUGUUUCUCUUUCAGGGCUUCUACUCGAUCGCCUGGACGCCACUGCUGUACCUGUACCCGCCGGAGGUCAUGAACUAUUCGAUUCGGGCCAACGGCGUCGCGUUUUCACAGUUGACUCUGAACAGUCUUGCGCUGGUCCUCGUGUUCGUCAUGCCGAUCGGCAUCAACAACAUCGGAUGGAGAAUGUACAUGAUUAACGGCGGUUGGGACAUUAUUACUUUCUUUCUGAUUUGGUAUUUCUGGGUCGAAACAAAAGGCAAGACCCUCGAAGAGAUCGACGCCAUCUUCGACGGUGAGAAGCAUUCGGCUGUGCCCGACGAGGAAAAGGUCAGGGCCGGAGAUGCCAAUGUCGAUCGAAAUGGCCUUGAAGGCGAGUUGCGGGAGGAGAAGGUGGUAUUGAAGACGGAGUGA